CAAAGUUAUAAACAUAAACACUGAGUGUUUUCCAUUUCGUUUAUUUAAAAAUUUGACAAGUGAUACAUCACAAAUCAAAAUUAAAAUGUCGAACCUAUCAUUAUUAUUGAGAUUGGCUGAAAAUUUAAGCCGCUUGACACCAUUCCGCGAACCGGUGUUGUACAGCCGUUGGCCUGCCAUUACUUCUUCGACCUGGGAUCAAUUACACAAGUUGGAAGAGCAUUUGCCCACCGCCACUGUGGGAAAGGAUGGAUUCCAGGCCAGUAUGGAUGUGCAACAGUUUAAGCCAAAGGAACUGAGCGUUAAGGUGAUCGAUGACCAAAUCGUUGUUGAGGGUAAACAUGAGGAACGAGGAGAUGAACAUGGUUAUAUUUCACGACAUUUUGUUCGUCGCUAUGCAUUGCCGAAAGGUUUCCAGGCCGACAAAGUAGUUUCAACACUGUCAUCGGAUGGUGUCCUAACAGUCAGUGUACCAAAACCAGCCAUCGAAGACAAAUCGAAUGAAAGGGUGAUCCAAAUUCAACAGACUGGACCAGCGGACUUGAACGUGAAGGAUAAUCAAAAAGAGAGUCCCAAAGAAGAAAACCCAAAGGCUUAAAAUCAACUUUAUCACGAAACCCUUAGAUAGAUAUUCAACUACCCGUUAAUUAAUAGAACUGUUUACGUGGAAUAGUACCAUAGAUUAGUUAAUUUUUAAAAGAAAAAGGAUUUUUGUUUUAUAUUUGCAAAAAUCCUAUAACCUAAUUUAAAUAAAAGAAAGUUCAAAUAAA